AUGGGAAUCCCACAAAUAAAUGAGGACACCCUAUACACCCUAUUUUUUGCGGACGACCAGAUAGUCCUAGCCCAAGAUCACGACGACCUUGAAUAUAUGGCAAGGAAGCUGAUAGAGGAGUAUAAGAAAUGGGGGUUGGAGAUAAAUAUCACCAAAACUGAAUGUAUGAUUGUAGGGGGGCCACAAGAGUACAUAGUCUUAGAGGAUGGAAGCGUGAUAAAAAACUGUGACAAAUAUAAAUAUCUCGGAUUAAAAAUAACUAACGAUGGAAAACUCGACGAGGGUAUAAAAGAUCGAAUAAUGCAAGGCAGAGGGACUAUGUUGAAUGGUGUACUGUGGGAUCAAGGAAUCUCUAAAGCUAAUAAGAACAUAUAA